UGCUAACGGCGGCUACCAGACAGCAGAGAGGGACACGUCCGGGACAUUGACAGUUUAUUAAAGAACCCCGAGGAGACAAGCUGCAGUCCCCGUGGACAGGUGGAGUGUCCCGGCUGUAGGCGGAGUGCAGGGAGACACAAGGCCGCUCCGGAGCUGCUGAAUCCCCGCUGGGACGAGGUGGCCGCUCGGUUGUUGACAUCCAGGACGGGGACGGAUGUCAAACAGGAGUUUCCCUCCUCUCUUCUCCGUGUGAACCCGUAGUGUGUGGCCGGGGCUCGACCCCCCGGUGCUCGGCCAGCGGCUGCCAUGAAGCUGCAGUGCGACGUGGAGGUGGUGAACCGGAUGCUGCCCACGUUCGGGAUGAGGAGCCGCGGGAAGGGGAACCGAGCCGUGCUGUCCAUCGGGAGACAUGUGGACAAGACGAGCCAGCGCGGCAACAUCUUCAUGAUGAUCUGCACCGCUAAAGACAGAUCUGGCUCCAAGUACAAGCUGAAAGACAACAUAGAGAAGUUCUUCACGUGGUUUGUGGAGGAAGGCAAGGCCACGGUGAGACUAAAGGAACCUGCUGUCGACAUUUGUUUGAGCAAGGCCGAUGCAAAUAGCUUGAAAAACUUCCUCUCAGCCGCUCGCCUGGCAGACAGAGGAAGCGACACCAGCAGCCUGCCCCUCUCCACGCUCACGCCCGUCCGCGCCAGGGACGUGGAGCAGCCCAAGAAGAAACUCACCAUCGUGUCCAAGAAGGACUACCCCCUUGCCUCCAGCUUCCCCUACUCUCUGGAGCAGCUGCAGGUGUCCUACUGCAAACUGUCCCGUGUGGACAUGCGGAUGCUGUCCCUCAAAGCUCUCCGCAAACUAGACCUCAGCAACAACCACAUCAAGAAACUUCCUGCCACCAUCGGGGACCUCGGCUGCCUCUCUGAACUCAUCCUCCACAACAACCACCUGGAAGCAUUCAGCGUGGCGCUGUGCCUGUCCACGCUGCAGCGGACCCUCCAGCUCCUGGACCUCAGCCAGAACCGACUGCAGACGCUCCCGGCUCAGUUCUGCCAGCUCAGAGAACUGGUCAACCUCAAGCUGGACGACAACGAGCUCGCCUGUUUGCCGUUUCACGUCGGCCGACUCUCGAAGCUGAGGUUCCUGUCGGCGGCACACAACCAGUUGGUAGCGCUGCCCGGUGACUUCCGCAAGCUGAGUCUGGAGAACCUUGACCUGUUCGGAAACCCUUUCAUCCAGCCCAAUCCUCUGGACCACUCAAUGCAGCUCACAUUCCCCCUCCCACUUCAAGAGCUAGCCUCCAGGGCUCUGUCCAACCUCAGAAUACCGUACGGACCUCACCUCAUCCCUGCCCACUUGUGUCGGGACCUGGAAACAGCCAAGACCUGCGACUGCGGCCGCGUCUGCAUCAACUUCUACAUCAAGACGGCCGUCAGCAUGAACCUGCACCAAGUCUCUCACACGGUCGUCCUGGUGGAUGACAUGGGAGGCACAGAUGCUCCGGUGCAGCAGCACUUCUGCUCGCUCUCCUGCUACUCUGAAUUUUUGGACAGCUCCCUCCAAAGAGGAAUAAGAUGAGCAGGAACAAACUGUGGUUUCCCCGAAAAACCUGUAAACAGCUGGAUCCUGCAUUGGAUACCUUGAAGCUAUCUGUUGAGACACUGACAAGAAAUAUCUGCAGUAGUAAAUAGCUCAGUGGUAGUUUUCUUCUAAUGACUUUUAAUAAAAGGACAAUGUCGGCUCUAGCUGUGUCCCAAUUCCGGGGCCGUCUCCUUCAGAGGAUCUGGUUUGUGUGGCACAGGAAGGCUGAGCCAAAAGGAUGUGGUCUACGGAGGAAGCCUGAUACUUGGUGGUGCCAUUACCCCAUUGAAGUUUGUCACUAUCCUAGAAAAGGUUCUCCCUUCGAUGGUCGGUGAUGAAAGGACGCAUUUGAAAGAGCCGUCGAAGUUGGACAGCAUAGUCGCACCACUGUGACACAGUCAGUCUUCAAGUGCAGCUUCUGAAGGAUGCAGCCCCUGAAUUUGAGACACAGCUUCUGUUUUUAAAAGCGCUUCAAGCUGCCUGUUUUACACUCACGUUCAAGUUGUACUGCACCAACCACAUAUCAAGGAUGACCAUCGAGACAAGCAUAAGCUGCACUCCUGUAUCUGCUGGUCCCUCACUGUAUGUCAUGAUAGUGAGGUAACACUGAGACUAAAUGAUUUUUCUGUUCGUCCUGCCUCUGAGAGCAAAAUCCAGGUUACUCCACUGACCUACUUGUCCUCCGCAGGGGAAUAGAGACCUCAGAUGAAUCUCCCGAACUCGGUGCCUCUGGGUUCGUCAGCCUCACUUAAAGGGAGUUGGUUUUUACUGUGCUAAUGACCCACAAGUUUAUAUACAUAUAUAAAUCUCUAUAUAUAUGCACUGUAUGACAAAGAAAGUUAAAUAAAAGUAAAGCAUUCGC